AUGUAUCAUCAAACUCAACGUUUAUACGUAGACUUACGUGUUAAAACGUAACUGCAGUAAUCAAUUAACUUCUAUUUGUAUCUUAAAAAGUUGUAAUUUUUACUGUUCUAGAACCCUGGUGGUACUUUAUCGAACUGACGCCCGACAAAAAUCAAAUCCCUCACCGGAAAUAAACGUAUACAAGUAAGAACAAAUUUGUAAUUUAAGAUCGACAUAUUAUCAGAACACAUCAAAUAGAAUACAUAAUAAAUUUUCUCACGAAAAAUACGUUAACUAGGAACGAGUAACGAGUAACGACAACACAAAAAUUACAAUUUCACGUUUGGUACUUAUGGACGCUCGUUUGACCAAGGCAUACAUCAGAGUCAGCGCCGUGAGCCUGCGCAAAGAAGUUCUCAAAUCUGGCCGUCACCUGUAUUGAAAAGGUAAGUACUCCGCUGUCAUUAAUCUCAAUAUCUUAAUAUGAAUUUCGUUAGCACAUGUCGAAAUAAUACGACGUGUUGAUAACGCGACAUAUUGUCAACAAAUUUGUGGAUUGUCACGCGAAAUUACUCAGGUGUUUAGGAUAAAUAUGUUCGGAGAUGUCAGCGUCUUCGGCUCCGGGUUCCGAAUCUGCCAGGCUGCUGUAUCAUCAUCGAUACAUUUGACACUUAUUUUCCAUUCUCGUUUUCUCAUCGAUCAUUCUCUUAAUCCGUUUCUGAUACAUGUUGUUACAAUUGCCGAAAUUUCAGUGGUUUAUGUCAAUUGCAACGAGAAACUUUCACCAGAUCGUAGAUACCGUGUACCUUCACAGAUUUUUCAUUGUCGGCACUCGUCAUUCUAUUGACAGGACAUCGAACAACGUAUUGAAAAUAUCAUUUGCAUGCUAGCGUAGAAAUCUACUGAUUCCUGUAUGUUAUUCAUCUUUUAGAUUAACAACGAUUCCCGCGUUUUACCUGCGCGGUAUUCUACUUGGCAAGUAA